GUGUGGCUCCUAGAUCAAGAGUAUGAUAGGGAUCACCGGGCUUUUCAUAUGACGGAGAGGAAAACGGAUCUUCACCCUUUGAAGAUUCGUUACCAUGGGACAGUGGAUAUGGCGUAUGACGAGACGUACACGGAGUUCAUCCAGCCUACCGGUCAUCUCCCGUUCAUAUCACUUGUAAGCCGUGGGGGGCCGAACAUGAACGCCGCGGCACUCACCGUCCUUGUCGACCGGUGGAGGCCGGAGACGCACACCUUCCACUUGAGGGCCGGCGAGAUGACCCCUACUCUUCAGGAUGUUUCCAUGAUCCUUGGACUUCCUAUUCAGGGCGAGCCACUGUGUAUGAACACAGCUUCUGAUGGGUGGCGCGGACAGAUGGAGGACCUUAUUGGCAUGGCUCCUCCGCCGCCAGAAGAUCCAAAGGCGAGAGCUCCCGCCGGCGCAGCUUUCUUUUGGAUUAGGCUUAACUUUGGACAAUGCCCGCAAGGGGCCAACAGGGACACUCUCAGGACGUACACCCGCGUGUACUUAUGGUACAUGAUUUCGAGGACUCUCUUUGCUGACAGUGGUGGAAAGCUGGCCCAUUGGUGUUGGCUCAAGGCGCUUACGGUGUUGGAGCACCGGUGGAGUUGGGGAACAGCGGCACUUUCCUACCUCUACCGGCAGGUGAUGAUUUGUUGCCUCCUCACCAUCGUCGGCGAGCGUGUCAUCACCGCGCUCGUCGACCGCGUCCUCGCCAUGGACUUCAUCAAUGACAACACUGGCUGCUUCGCCAAUGGAGGGACACUAACUAGCUCCGCCAGAGAGGUGGCUGCAAGCGAGCCCGCCAUAUGCAAAAUAGGCUACAGGGAUUACGGCAAAGAAGCAGUGGCUCCUGGAGAUGCUAAACUUUACCCCUAA